UCCACCUAGAUAUAAGAUAUCAGAGGAUCUGAUCGAAUCUGGCGUAUUUUGUCCCUCUUCAUUCAUUUUAUUUAUUUCACCGACUCGCACUCUUGCAUCUCCUUCCAUUGUUUGUUGUGACUUCCUCGGAGAGAGAGAGAGAGAGAGAGAGAGAGAGAGAGAGAGAGAGAGAGAGAAUGCAGAGGUCUCUCUGGAGACACACCUUUUCGUCCCCUGCCUGUGUCCACGCAAUCGAAAGUUCCGACGAUGGCUCUCGCCGCUCCACCAUGCCAUCAACAAACAACGAAGAGCCAGAGCCACGCAAGAAGAUGAACAAGAAGGUAAUGAAGUUACUUACCCUGCCCUUGAAGCACAGUCGACAGCGCAUCCCCCUAGUGUUGAGAUCGUUCUCUUGGGGUGCCACUACUGCCAAGAAGGACGAUCCCAGCCAAAACAAAAAGAAAAAUGAUGGAGUCGUCUGUGACCGUGAGCGUGUGGACAGCGAUGCGGAUACGUUCGUGUCCGCCAACAGCUCCGAGCUGCGCUCCUUCUCCACGGGCGUCGACGUCGACGACUUUGAGCCCCCGUCGUUUCGGCUCAGCCCGCCACCGCCCAUCUUCCCAACCGGCAGUAUUGAACGCCCUCCCCCUGCCUCUCCCAUGAAGAUCGUCCGGAAGCUUCCAUUCGGGUACGUUAUUGGCCGUCAGUUGGAUACCCCAGUGCCAUCACCGCCGCCGUCUGCUGUGACAGCGCUGUCAAGAAAAUUCAAGACGGCGAUGCUAUUGAUGGCUUGGCGGCACCUCCGGUCGAGAUCGCGGAUGGUCAAGAAGAAUGUUGGCCGUGCUUUCAAACAAGUAUGUCAGCGAGGCAGGCGUGAACGUGUAGAAGAAACCCAUGGUUGUGGCAAUGACGAUGAAGAUGUGUUCUGGAAGAAGGACGUGAAGGGACUUCGCUGCAGGCGGGUGCAGGACGACGACGUUCCAUACUGAAUGGACGGGGACGUGUGGGUCUCGGGCGCUUCUAUCAAUUGGGGUUUUCACCGUUCACGUUAACCCACAUGAUUUCUAGGGGUGUGGAUGAAAAAUAGAAAUUAGGACACCAGGAUGUAUGAAAAAAGAAAACUUGCUACAUGCUUAUCUGGUAUAUG